AUGGAAGAAGAUAUGGCGAAUCGUCGAGUUUCGAGUCGGACUCGUAAGGUUGCUUCGAAGAUGGCGGCGGCUCUUACGAGCACCGACAAUCGAACUCAGGCUGCUAUAGCUCGGCUAGAGGCUUUAGAGAACGACAAUGGAGCCAUUGAGGUGGUAGAUAUGAACGAUGAUGAAGAAGCCUCUCUUGACGAAGACGAUGAUCAAGGAUAUGCACAGAAGAAGCAACACAAGGGAUCAAAGCGUAAAACUCGACAAGCAAAAGCCUUAGAAGCUCGUAAAGCACCUAAAUCCUUCCUUGAGCUCUUGCAAGAGGCGAACUUGGAAUCUUUACCGUCGCAUGUGCCGAAUUACUUGAAAGCAGCCGUUGGACCUCCGAGCUCGUCUUCUCGUCGCCAUUUCUGCUCCGUUUGUGGUUACAUUGCAGGUUACAAUUGCUGCUUGUGUGGUAUGCGCUUUUGUUCCAUCCGUUGCAAUAACGUUCACAAGGAUACUCGUUGCCAGAAAUUUGUUGCAUAG